UAUACCCAAAGGACAUCAAGAUCGGUGGUUCUGUCGGUGAAAGGUUGUCCUCCUGAGCAGCAGCACACAAUACGGGAGCAUUUAUUUCAUUCCUACACACCAAGAACUACAUAUACUCCAGCAUGCAGUAAGUAAGGAAAAGGCCCGUUUGUGUGGAACCCAGCAGCAGCACGACAGCAGUGCGGAGAGAAAGUGCGAGGAGAAAGCAUAGUGGGAAAAACCGAGGCGAGAUAUCUCCACCCGUCAGUCAGCAGCCCAUGUUAGAAGAACUGCGGGGAGCGUAGUUUCCGACCCGAUUCGGAGGACUGUUCUCAUCCUCCUCUCGCAUGGCGGGCUGCUUAUGUUCAUGUCACCAUCGGAUACUUUCUCUUAUUUUCACUCUCCUUCUUUCCCUGUAUGUAGGGCAAACUAAGCCAGUUUCAAACAGUAGUCACAACUAUCCAGUCAACUCUCUGCUCUCCGCUGCUCCACCACGACGACCACUUCACUAUCUUCGAGAACCGCUGCUACUGCUGCUCUUCUUUCUCUCUGCUUGCUCUCCUCUCCAAAAUAAACAUCUCCAAUUAUUGGGUGCUGAUCUUUUCUACUUUCUCUCUCUUUCCUUUCCAAUUAGCCAAUACCACUUGGUGACGCAAGAGUACAAAUUAUUACCUCAAAUCGGUUACAUACAUACAAUCGCUCGCUCGAGGAAAUUGGACGGGUUUGUGUGCAGAAUAGUUUUGACGAAAUAAAGAAACGCUUCACGAAACGAGUAAUAAUGGAGCAUGUGUAACACAAGUGAAACGACAAUUUUCUGCCUUUUUCAUUAUUACCGCACGUAUAAUUAAUCGGGUUGCCUCUGUCUGAAACAUAAUUUAAACCAGUACCUUCAACUUAUCAUCUACCUAUGUACGUAUUUAUACCAUUGGGUUAAAAAGGAUUAAUAUUAACUAGUGACCUCAUCAGUAAGUUGUAAAUUCUGACGCUUUUCUCUCACAAUCGAUCCUCCGAGGGAAUCGAUUGGUUGGUGGAGAACUUGAUGGGAAAUAAUUUGUCGAAAUGUAUUAUUAAAGUAGUAGUCUCAAUGCUGACUUGACUGCGGUGUGGGUGACGUGAUGGGAUUCAGAAAGUAGAAAACUGAAAAAAUACGUGCUCUCUCCCCAACAAAUACAAAGCAACAAACAAACAACUCUUAUUUAUACAUACGUUGAUUGUUUUAAGAGGAAAAUCGAUUGUUUUCUUUUCUACUCGUCGUCAAAUUCGUGUGUCUUACAUGAAGUGCUUUUGUUUGAAUAAAUGUGUGCAGGACGUGACGCUGUGUUAAUUGAUUGACGUGAUUAGCACUGAACAAAUCGUUAGCAAAGUAAUAAAUAAUUUGACUGGAUCGGUGAUUGAACGAGAACCUCGAGAAGAGAACCCGAGAAUGACGAGGAAGUGAAACCAUGAGAAGGAGGUGGCGGAUAACAUCAACACUUUGACAACGCUUCACGACCACGACUACCGUGCGUGUGGAUUUAUCAGAGGAGGAGGAAAUUGAAAUAUUGUCGCAAUGGAGACCGCGUGGGGCGCCACGAAUUUAAACAACAAACCGGAAGAGUACAGUUCAAGUUCGGAACGAGAAGCGCGUUCAAUCGCGUUGGAAAAGGCCUACGUUCACGACGUGUACUCUCAAAUCGCCUCCCACUUUUCAGACUCUCGCUACAGGGCUUGGCCAAAGGUCAAACAAUUUCUCCUCGAGUUGGAACCAGGCUCCAUUGUAUGUGACGUGGGAUGUGGAAACGGAAAGUACUUGGAUAUCAACCCAUCCAUUUAUAAAAUUGGAAUUGACAGUUGCUCAAAUCUUACUGGUGCUGCUCGCGAGAAGAACCACGAGGUGCUUAUCAGCGACAAUCUCAACAUCCCAUUUCGUGAUGAAAGUAUGUAUCAACAUUAAAUUAUAGCGUUACAUAUAUUUGUAAACUACCAUUCCGUAUUUAAAUAAGCUUCAAUCGAGGAUAGGGCUAACUUUUAGAUAAACUUUGAA